AUGGACAAGGCCAAGAGACAGGUUGACCUGGUCGCACUAGAAAUCCCGUCUGUCAAAUUUAAACAGGCCGUGACCGGAGCUCGAAUGUAUGGGAUAUCCGGCACGGCUUCCAAAGAAAAGGCGGACGCACUCGCAAAUAAACUAAGGGAGGUCAUGGACGGGAGAGAAGUCCGCAUCUCCAGACCGCAAAAGUGUGCAGAGCUGCGCAUUUCAGGGCUGGAUGACACGGCCACUUCAGAGGAGAUAGCAGAAGCCAUCGCCAGACCUGGCGGAUGCGCCACCGAAGAUGUAAAGGUUGGUGUGAUUCGGUGUGAGCGGAAUGGCAGCGGAUCGGCCUGGGUGAAGUGCCCGGUCGAAGUUGCGAGCCAGAUCUCGGCGCCGAACACCAAGAUCUACGUUGGGUGGACCGUGGUGCACGUGGUGCUAUUAUCCACACGCCCCAUGCGUUGUUACAAGUGCCACGAGACCGGACACACCCGAGCGACCUGUCCGAAAGAGGUCGACCGCAGCCAGCUAUGCUUCCGCUGUGGCCAGCCAGACCAUUCAGCUGCGCAGUGCGAGAAUGCACCACACUGCGCUCUUUGUGAGGCAAGCGGAAAACCGGCUGACCAUAGCGUCGGCAGUAAAACAUGCGGCAAGCCUGUGCCGAAGAGGAAAAGGAGCUCGAAGAAGAGCCAAGUGUCUCAAGAGUCCGCCACUACGGCGGGCACUGAAACCAGAGCGGCCCCGAUGGAAGCCCAAUAA